CAAGGGCUGGUUAGCAACUUGUGCUUAUAUUCUUCGCUGGUUGCUUUGGCAUCCCGGUUCAUCUUCUCUUCUUCUUUUCUUCUACUUCCUCUCUUGGUCUUUGGAACGGCGUCUCGCCGAUAAUACUCUGUACACUGAUCGUUUGGCUCUCGGCUAAGACUGUCCGCCAGUUCGGUGAAGUUUUGGUUCAGUUUUGGUGCUCCACCCAGUCCUCUCGUUCAUACUUCUCUCACUUCCCGCACAACUAUCUCAGGGCUCUUCGUACCCGACUGUCUUUCGCUGGCACUGCGGUCGCAAUCACCGCACACGCGUUCUCUUUGCCUACCUUGACUUCAGCAUGCCGUCUCGGUGCUACACGACCGAACAGCUUCUUGCUCUUCGGGGAAGCAGGGUCGGCGGCAAGAUCCAGGCCGUAGCACGGGCUCAGCCUGAUCUGUCCCAAAUCAUCACCAUGCCCAAAGACCGAUCAGUCAACACGGCCAGUGUGCCUGCAACAAACACUCUUCGCCGUACCAACAAAGACGACUCCUCCACGGAGUCUGAUGAGCUCCUAUACAAGGGCCAGCGCGACCGCCAGCUUCCCCAGGCUGAUGGUUCUUGGAAACUGCGUGAGCGGGAUGAACUUGAAUCUGCCGCGACUUCAGAGUCAGUCCAGGCUCAGCCUGCUGGCGUGCCUGUUGGGCCGUCCACUCAACACAGCGAGGGAUUCAGACGUUUCUACAAGUCUGUUGCAUCUCCGACCCAUGUGCGAGUCACAGCUGGUGGACGCAUUGUCCCAAACACAAGAGGCCCUCCUUCGCCCACGAUCAAAAGACCGAAAGCAAAAUCUACUCAGGAGCCACCGGUCAUUGACGGUAGCCCAGCUCAAUUGCACGCCAAGUCAGCUUUGGGCGAGGCAGACGUGGCCUCAGGUCCCAAGCCACCCGAUCCGGCUCAAGCCCCCCUGUUCCCGCCCAUCUUGGCCAACUUGCCCCCUGGCUCCUUUGCUUCGUCUACCCCAGGACCAAUGCAAUUCGUGCCCAUGCCCAUGCCAAUGAUGGGUAUCAACUUUCCGUUUGGUUCCUUUCAGACAGCACCUGCAGCUGCUGUCAAAGGUGGCCCGUACCAGCCGGGCGUCCAACCUCCCGCCACAGUAGCAACGGAUGGAACAAAGGACCAGAAUCCCAGCAGCACCGUGGGCGGUCGACAAACGGACGCCAAGGAUCCGAAGAUCUCGCCGAUUGAACAGCUUGAUCUCACCAAGCCAUAUUUGUUCAAUGGCCAGAUGUUCUUCCCAGUGCCUGGGGGUGCUUUGACGCAGCCUAUUGCAAUGCCCUUCAUGCCUGGAGGUGUGAUGACUCCCGGAUUUGGUCCCAUUACUCCGGGAAUGGUACCCCCUGGCAUCCCCAUGAGUCCUCUUUUCUCAGGAAUGAGCUUCACAGGCGCACCUGUUAUGGUACAUGGCAUGACGCCUGGCACAGCUGCUCCCGCCCACCAGCAGCACCAGCGGCAACCGCAUGCUGCCGGUCCUAACAGUUUCCAGCCCCCUGCUGCGCCGCCCAUCUCAUCUAUCCGGCCAAGCGACAUCAGCAAGAAACAAAUCGAGACACUUCGCGGUACUCUCAAAUACCAUGAGGACCAGCUCCAUUUUAACAAGCAUCAGAUCGAUGAGAAGGAGAUGGACAAGACAAUCAAGAUGCUCAGGGCUGAGAUCAAGCGCUUUGACGAUCUCUGUCAGAAACAACUCGUUUUCGAGGCCGAGCACUAUCCAAGUCGCGAACAGAGCACCGAUAGCACUGACACAACAGCUCCCGCGGACUUUGGAUCUCUGACCGAGCAUCCUUCUUCAGUGACCACAUGUCUUCCUGACCAGCAGAGAGUCACCGCAGCACUGGAGAAUGCAAGACGCACCGGUGCGCUACGCAAGAAAGAUUCAACCAGAGCCAGAUCAGCACUGAACAGUAGUAGCAGCAACAAGGCAUCGUCCUUGUUUGAUUUCGACGAUGAAAAGGAUCAACUUAGACUCAAUGAAAUGCAAAUGCGCGCUUGUCUGCCCAGUGGUGCUGCUUUAGCACCCCCAUUCGAACCUCGCUCUAGUUCUUGCUCAGAACAGCUCCGACCGAAUUCUGCCGAGUCUCUGCCACCCAACGGUCUCACCGAGGAGGCCCGGCAACGCCUGUUGCUCGCUGGAUCGAAGGCCUGGGAUAAAUUUGAGGGCUCAGGCAGCACACCUGUUGACUCCAAGGGAAAGUUGUCAAGGGGCAAAGCACCCACACAGAGACUUGGUGCUGAAGCCUUAGGGUCUUCGACCCAAGAAAAGACCCGCUACGAGCUUCCAUACCUCAUAGGAACACUACCUCCCGGAGUUGAUGCUCGAACAGCCAACGCUACCGACUACCGAUACCCACGGGAGCUCACUGACGAUGAGCUCCGGGCUCGCUACCUGUACCUUGGCAAAGCCCCUAAGGAGGUCCGCCGAGGGCUCCCCAAAUACGAUGGACGCAACUUCUACAAGCCAUCCAUUGUCGAAGGAUCGCAGGAGACAACACCUGUACCAGCUCCCUCGGGUCCAGGCCGCCGUGGUGCCUCAGUUUCGACCGAUUCAGCCAGAUCCUAUGACAACCCAAACCCCUCCCGCGAUCCUUUCCAGCCGUCGACCCCUGACGAAAAGCCGCCCCAGGCGCAGCUGCAAGAUAGUCCAAUCUCAGCAAGGAUUGCCAGUCUAUCAAAGCCUUUCAUCAACAUGCCUUCAGAUGUGACUGAGGUCGAUACUCGGGCUGUGCAGAGCUCGUUCUCAAACGAUAAGUCAAACGAGGCGCCUGAAAAGCGUUCAUUGGACAGUGUCCGUCUUCUUCAAUCUAUGCUCAAGCGUGGAGGCAACCAAAGCAACGAGGCGCUCCCCGGAGCGGUCACUUCCACUCACGCCCAAGGCUACGUACCGCCUUACAGCUAUUCGACAUUUUCUAUGGCUCCGCUAAACAUGGGACAGGUUGUACAGCAGCACAACGGCUCGCCUCCGUCUCCGACGGCGCCCAUUGAUUCGGACAAAAACGAAAGCCUGCUCAAUGCUGCUAUCGAGAGGCACGUAGGCGAAAACCGUCCUCCAGUGGGUCAUGCUUCACUCGAAGAACAAUUCCGUAGAAUUGUUUCUGCCGAGAACAGGCAGCGCGCUGCGGGAUCUCUUCCUAUGAACGGCAGGAUGCCGGAGGAUUGGUAGUCUCAUGAUCUACCAACACCAAAACCAUACCCCAAGACAAGAGAACGAACUGGUUUUUGCAUGAGUAUACCAACAAGAGUUACGACCAUCAUGCUUUUAUGCUUAUGGACAGGUCAUUGCGCGACCAAACACUUUUCUUUCAACUUGCGCUAAUAACUCUCACUCUGGGGCAGGGUGUCAUGAUAUGAAAAAAAAACCCAACAUUGACUUUUCUAGCACUUCUGCAUUUAUUUGUCACAAUCACCCUACAGAGCCCAUCUAUUACAUGCAUCUUGCUACUCGUGUGACUAUGUGUUAUGUUUGCGGAUGUACCCCGUGGCAGGCUAAC